CUUCGAUAAUAAUAAAUUAAUAAGGAAAUAACAAAAUGACUACUCAACAAACUGCUAAAUUACCCCCGGACGGAAAAUGGGGGUGGAUGAUUGUCCUGGCGUUUUCUUUAAGCGGACUAGCUACAAUAUCCAUCUUGCAAGGAUUCGGAUUGAUAUUCAAAGAUACCUUUCCACUUUUCGGCUUCACCGCCACUGAGGGAAGCAUAAUCCUUAACACGAACUUAGCAAGCGGCAAUAUUCUCGGAUUAGUAAACGGUCCGUUGUUGGCAAAACAUGGAUAUAGAAAAAUGGCUGCAAUCGGCAGCGCGAUUUGGAGUAUUGCUAUCAUCUCGACAGCGUUUGCGAAAACAUUCACCUCCCUAUUAAUCGUCUAUGGUAUAUGUGCCUCGAUGGGCUUGAGUAUAGUUAUGUCGGCUUUUUCGUUCGCGUUGAACUCUUAUUUUACAACAAAAAGGGGACGCGCUGCAUCUGUGGCCUUGACAUUAGUCGGCUUGGGGCCGAUAAUCGUACCGCAAGUGACUAGCUAUUUAAUUUCCUAUUACGGAUUUCAAGGGACGAUCUUGUUAUACGGAGCGUUUACUUUACAUUCGCUGGUGGCUUCUACUUUACUUCAACCGUUGAAGUGGCACACGAUAGAUCCUAGUAACAAGUCGGAAAGCGGAAACGAGGAGUUAUUGAAAAACGAAGAAGAUGACGACAAGAGUGAUAAUUUUAAAGAGACAAGCCCCAAAGUCUCCACGUUGGAUUUAAAUCAUACGCAGCGAAGGAGGAAAUUGACUGUUUGCAGUAUUGAUCACGACUCUGAGCUUGGAAGCAUAUACGGAAUUGACAUUCCCUAUUCUAGACAAAUGUCAGAAACGAUAAGUGCUUCUAUGAAUGCGAAAGAUUCCGAUAUCUACAGGAUACUUGAAAAUGGCCGCAAGGAGGAGAAUUGUCCCAGAAAGCAGAUUCGUAAUCGUCGAUUCAAGAGCGUCGAUACAAUUAAUCUUGGAAGUAGUAUGAAGAUUUUCGAAGAGGAGCCAUUGUCCAAAUACAACAAAAAUGGAAUUGAAAAGAACAAGGAAUACGAAGAUAAUCAAACUACGAUAGAAAAUGAGACGUUGUCACUAAAAGACACAAAAGAUACGAAAUCUGUGUCUAGUAUAAAUACCGACACCGACGAGGAAGCUGAAGAACCGUCGGCGAUAAAACGGAUACUAAAAACGAUAGUGGAUUUAUUCGAUCUCGACUUACUGCGUGAUCCGAUCUAUGUAAACAUAAUGUUGGGAAUGUCCGUGGCAAUUUUCGCUGAGAUCAAUUUCUCCCAGUUGACGCCGUUCAUCUUGAUGGACAUGCACUUGUCUACUAAACAGAUUGCUACCGUGCUGAGUAUUCUAGGUAUCGCGGAUUUAAUUUUUCGAAGCCUCGCGUCUUUCAUUGGCGAUUGGCUCCAUCAGACACCGAGGAUAAUGUACCUUUCGAGCUUGUGCCUGUUAAUCGUCAGUAGAAUGUGUGUACUAUUCGUCAACGAUUUCGUAUCGAUGUGUAUAGUGGCUGUUGGAUUGGGAAUUGCCAAAGGGAUUCGCUCGGUAUACAUGACACUGGUGAUACCAUCAUACGUUCCGAUUCACAGAUUGCCCAACGCUUCAGGAAUCCAAAUGAUAGUGAACGGCGUAAUGCUGUUAUCAGCUGGUCCUUUAUUGGGUCUGAUGCGCGAUCACUUCGGAAGUUACGGACCUUGCAUAAUCGCUAUGAAUUGCGUAACGGCGUUAACAGUAACAAUGUGGCUUAUUGAAAUGGUAAUUGUACGGAGAAAGAAAUUGCGGAACGAAACGGAACAAAAAUAAAAUUGUUAUCUAAAGACUUCAUUUUAUAAAUAAUGCAAAUAUUAAAAUCAAAGGCCAUUGUUAAUUAUGAAACGUAGAUCUCGUUCGUUUGAAAGCAAAAAGUAACGAGACACGAAGAAAACCUGUCUCUCUACAAGAGAUUUUUGAAUAAGUAUUUUGUAAUUACUAUAAAUAUAUAAAUAGUGUAAUAUAUUGUAAUAACUAAGACAUAAAAUACUGUAUUAUA